AUGGAUGACCUCGAGUCUCUGGAGCUGUUGUCCCUAGUGUCGCGAGUGACGAACGAGCUCCAGAAUCACCUGGGCAUAAACGAGAAGACACUUGCGGAGUUCAUUAUCGACCAGCACCUCAAAUGCAAUGGCUCUUUCUCCAAUUUCAAGAAAAAUCUCACUGAGAUGGGCGCGGAGUUUCCCCAAAGUCUCAUGGAAAGUAUCGACCGCAUGGUGCUCACCAUGCAUCCCAAGUACAAGGGCAAGAAAGCGGAGAACGGCAAUGAAGGUUCUACAGUUGACGACGAUAUGGCCUUGCUGGAUGCUUUAGAGAAGAAGUCUCGUGUUUUUAAGGGCCUCGCCGUCCCGGAUAGGGAAAAGCGCUGGGAAGAAGACGACUACAUCGAUCCCCAGGUGGACGACAAAGCCGCUGCCGGAGAAGACGCGAUGGACGACACUUUUGCGAUGCUGGAGGGAUUGGCAGGGAAACCCAAGAUGGAUACAUCUCGCGCAACGAGACCCGACCGCGACCACAAGAAACGCAGCCGCAGUCCCGAACGUACCGAUUACGACCGUGGAGGACGCAGGGACAAAUAUCGCGAGCGAUCAAGGUCACGGAGUGCUGGGCGGCGCUCUAAAAAUGACGAUCUCGUGGAUGAAUUCGGUCGAUCGAUCUCGAGAUACGAGGACCGGGGAGACAGCCGUCGCGAUGGACACAGUGAUCGCCGGAGGCGGCGUGAUCGGGACGACGACUUCCGCCGUCCUCCGCCUGUUGAACUGGAUGAUCAUCCGGUACUCUUCAAGGUAUACGAUGGAACUGUCACAGGCGUGAAGGAUUUUGGCGCAUUCGUGAACCUGCAGGGCGUCAAGGGGAAGGUGGACGGACUCGUGCACGUCUCGGCAAUGCAGGAGGGAGCGCGGGUAAAUCACCCCUCCGAUUUGGUCUCGCGCGGGCAGCCGGUCAAAGUCAAAGUUGCUAGUAUCCAAGGCACUCGCAUAGGGCUGUCCAUGAAGGAAGUGGACCAGAUGACAGGCAUGGAUCUUGCUCCCCAGAAGCGUCUUGCUUCUGGUGCCAAUAUGGAACGCCUCGAUGGCACAGAAGCCAAUGACAGAUACGGUAAUUUGACCUCCGACAUACCCAUCGUCGAAGAAUCGGGUCGUCGGCCGAUGAGAAACCGAAAGCGCAUGACUUCACCGGAGAGAUGGGAGAUCAGACAGCUUAUUGCAUCUGGUGUUGCCUCUGCAGCGGAUUAUCCCGACAUUGACGAAGAAUAUAAUGCAACUCUUACUGGAGAAGGUACUUUUGAAGAGGAGGAAGAUGUUGAUAUCGAAGUCAGAGACGAGGAGCCUCCUUUCCUGGCUGGCCAAACGAAGCAGUCUCUUGAGCUCUCUCCAAUUCGUGUUGUCAAGGCACCCGAUGGCUCAAUGAACCGCUCAGCAAUGGCAGGCACCAAUCUUGCCAAGGAGAGACGUGAAUUGAAGCAGCAAGAAGCACAGGACAAGGCGGCUGAAAAGGCUUCCCAUGUCGAUCUCAACGCGCAAUGGCAGGAUCCAAUGGUUGCGCCGGAGGAGCGAAAGUUCGCCUCCGAUAUGCGGAGUGCCCAGCAGUCCAAGCCGGACGACGAGGUGCCAGAGUGGAAACGAGUGACUAUGGGCAAGAAUACUUCUUUUGGAAAGCGUACAUCUUUGCCCAUGAAGCAGCAGCGUGAAAGUUUGCCCGUCUUCAAGUUCCGCAACCAGUUGCUUGAUGCAGUAAGAGACAAUCAAAUGAUGAUUGUUGUCGGAGACACAGGUUCCGGAAAAACCACGCAGUUGACACAGUAUCUCGCCGAAGGUGGAUAUGCAAACAACGGUAUCAUUGGCUGUACCCAACCUCGUCGUGUCGCUGCUAUGUCCGUGGCCAAGCGUGUGUCUGAGGAAGUGGGAUGCAAACUUGGAGCGGAGGUUGGAUACACCAUUCGUUUUGAGGAUUGUACCAGCCCAGAUACCAAGAUCAAGUACAUGACCGACGGAAUGCUCCAGAGAGAGAUUCUCAUGGAUCCAGAGCUGAAAAGAUACUCUGUUAUCAUGCUUGACGAAGCUCACGAACGCACAAUCUCCACUGAUAUCCUGUUUGGAUUGUUGAAAAAGACUGUUAAGCGGAGACCAGACCUGAGAUUGAUUAUCACGUCCGCCACACUGGAUGCUGAGAAAUUCUCCGAAUACUUCAACGGCUGUCCCAUUUUCUCUAUUCCCGGCCGAACUUUCCCCGUCGAAGUUAUGUAUUCCAAGGAGCCCGAGUCGGAUUAUUUGGAUGCUGCUCUUAUCACCGUCAUGCAGAUUCACUUGACGGAACCAGCUGGUGAUAUUCUGGUUUUCCUAACAGGUCAAGAGGAGAUUGAUACAGCAUGCGAGAUCUUAUUCGAGCGAAUGAAAGCUUUGGGACCUACUGUUCCCGAGUUGGUAGUUUUGCCUGUCUAUUCUGCACUACCAAGUGAGAUGCAGAGUCGAAUCUUCGACCCAGCGCCACCAGGCGGACGCAAAGUCGUCAUCGCAACCAAUAUUGCCGAAACCUCGAUCACAAUUGACCAGAUUUACUACGUCAUUGACCCCGGUUUUGUGAAGCAAAAGGCAUAUGACCCAAAGCUUGGUAUGGACUCUCUUGUAGUGACACCCAUUUCACAAGCGCAAGCCAAGCAACGAGCUGGCCGUGCCGGAAGAACAGGUCCUGGAAAGUGUUUCCGACUGUACACCGAGGCCGCGUACCAGUCCGAAAUGCUUCCAACGAGCAUUCCCGACAUCCAGCGCCAGAACAUCUCAAAUACUAUUCUCAUGCUGAAGGCAAUGGGUAUCAAUGACCUACUUCAUUUCGACUUCAUGGACCCGCCUCCUACCAACACCAUGUUGACAGCGCUCGAGGAACUGUACGCCCUGUCAGCACUUGACGACGAGGGUCUUUUGACCCGCCUCGGACGCAAAAUGGCCGACUUCCCCAUGGAGCCCGCUCUCGCCAAGGUGCUCAUCGCAUCCGUGGAUUUAGGCUGCUCUGACGAGAUGCUCAGCAUCGUUGCCAUGCUCUCCAUCGCCUCAAUUUUCUAUCGACCAAAAGAAAAGCAACAACAGGCAGACCAGAAGAAGUCCAAGUUCCAUGAUCCACAUGGGGACCACCUAACCCUCCUAAACGUGUACAACGGUUGGAAAAACGCAAAUUAUAACACAGCCUGGUGCUUCGAAAACUUCAUCCAAGCACGACAGAUCAAGCGCGCCCAAGACAUCCGCCAACAACUCCUCGGCAUCAUGACCCGCCACAAGCACCGCAUCGUCUCCUGCGGUCGCGACACAACGAAAGUUCGUCAGUCCCUCUGCAUGGGCUUCUUCCGCAACGCCGCUCGCAAAGAUCCCCAGGAGGGAUACAAGACCCUGGUCGAAGGCACACCUGUCUACAUGCACCCCAGCUCGGCGAUGUUCGGGAAGCCCUCCGAGCAUGUUAUCUAUCAUGAACUUGUUCUCACGACGAAGGAGUACAUGCGUAACAUUACGGCUAUCGAGCCCAAGUGGCUUGUUGAGGCGGCACCGACAUUCUUCAAGGUUGCGCCUACCGAUAAGCUUUCGAAGAGGAAGAAGGCGGAGCGCAUCCAGCCUUUGCAUAAUCGCUUUGCUGGUGAGGAUGAUUGGCGCAUUUCUGCCCAGAGGAAGCAGGGACGAGGUGGCGGUGGUGGUACUUGGGGUUGA